GGCGAAGCGAGAGGAUUUACGCCGCCCAAAAUCGGUCCUCGUGAGAUAAGGUUUAGAAGUGUCGAAUUACGUGAGGCUUAUUCAAUCGAAUAUAAGUUUCGUAAUAUUUAGGCUGUUCUAAAUGUACUGAUAUCAGUGGACGCGCGCGGAAUUCAGUCAACUGAGAAAAACGACUUAGUUGUAAAUAAUCUUUACGGAAAUGAAGUGUCCAAUAACAAUUUCCACGUUAGCGUUUCUAUUGUUAUUUAGGCGUGUAUUAACACCCAACUAAAAAUAUUACUCAUUUAACUGCAUAGAAUCACAUACUUAAUUCGCAUUGGAGACAGGACUUGGUUGAUAGAUGUUAUCUAGGCUAACAAUGGCUAACAGUAUGGUUUUUCACACUCAAAUAGCCUCCAUCAUGGAGGUGUUAGCGAAUGCAGCCGUGGCAGAGAUCUGUAAACUCGUAGACGACGACUAUGCAGUGUUUCGUUUGGAAAUAACUCAAAGCCAGAAAGAAAACAGGGCAUUGCGGAGGAAACUACUGGAACUGAAGGUGGCACGGGAGCGCGCAGAAAGGACAAUGCGAGAGCGCGUCCUCGCCAGUCGCCCAAGUAUCAAGAUCAUCGACCGAUACAGAGGAAUAGCAAGAGGUGAAGGACAUCUCACUGGAGGCCACAGGAGCUUUGUGAAGACAGCAGGACACAAUACAUUGAGAGAUGACCAACCAAUCACUGUUGAUGAGGGGAGUGGAACCUCAACCCAGCACAUUAUUGUGAUAGAGUCUGCAGAUGCAGAGGCUGCAGGUCCUGGGGUCAAGCAGGAGACAUCUGAAGGAGAGGAGAACCCACUGUACAGCAGAGACCUCCAAACUGGAGCAGUUGGAGCGCCUCCUGUAGCCACGGACAAACCCAGUGCAGCCCAAGACCCGACGCAGCAUCACGGAGAGAUGGACCCUAGCAACAUGCCCUUGGGUUUAGAGGCACAGACUGAUCUGUCUAGACGGGACUGGAACCGGUGCAGUAGAAGUGUAUACUCUGACGGGUGCCUAUAUGAGACAGGGGAGGGUAUGGCCGUAGAUGACGUGAAAGUGGAGGGCGACAUUCCUCCCACAUGGAAUGCAGAUAGUCACCUAGGAGAUGGACACUCACAGGGCAGAGAUUUCUUAGAUUACAGGGAAAGCUUGGAGACCAAUCCAAAUGUCGCUGCCCACUACCCUUUACACACGCUCAGGGAUCGUGACCCAUUGUCCACGUCGAUGGGGCCUUCUGAUUCACAUGGCAGCGUCCUUUUCGAUCAGGUAUUGAACUCAAACGACAGGACUAGAGCCCAGGCUCAGAGAGGGGAAGCUACAUCAGGCAAUAGUAAAGAUAAACGGUUCCCCUGCAUGUUCUGUAACAAAGGCUUCAGCUGCCCCCAGAAGGUGGAGAUCCACCAGAGGGUCCACACAGGGGAGAAACCCUACAGCUGUGCCCAGUGUCACAUGCGCUUCACCCAGGCUGGCAACCUGAAGAGGCACCAGAGGGUGCACACUGGGGAGAAACCCUACAGCUGUACCCAGUGCCACAUGUGCUUUGCCCAGACUGGUCACCUGAAGAUGCACCUGAAGGUCCACACGGGAGAGAGGCCGUUCACUUGUACGCACUGUGGGAAGAGGUUCUCAGAGAGAAGCUACCUCAGGAUACACCAGCAGAAAAAACACUCCACUUUGAUAGCUUCUGACGUUUAGAUCAAACCCUGGAUUUUCAGCAGAAAAGCUCCACUUGGAAUGACAAGAUUAACAGAUUUCGGUGUUGAAUAUUCCUGGGUAGAGUGUUGCAUCCAGACAUUGGCAUAUUUAAGCCUACAAAUCUGUUACAUAUUGUGUUUGUAUUGUGUUGGCUUUAUGAUGUUCACAAAUGCCUAUUUCAUUACUUCCAUUCAACUACUUACUUUUUUCCCCAAGACACUUUUAAUGAGAAAAUGAAUGCAGUUUAUCAAGUCCAUGCCUAAGUUUUGUAUAUGUGUGGUUUUCAUAUGGUGUAUUUAACAGUUUUGUUUAAUAAACACAAAAUGGGACUUUUCA